AUGGAUAUACAAAAUAUUCAUGGUCAUACCGAAGAUGAUCACGAUGAUUAUAAUGAUGAUGAUAAACAAGAAGAUUUAAAAAAAGAGAUUCGUAGAAUAACAAAAGAAAUCAAUCGGCUAAACAUGUCAAAAGGUGAAAAAAUGCAAGAAGUGAAGGAAAAAGAACAAGAACUAAAAAGAAUGAGGCAAAACAAAGAAAAUUGCAAUAAACAAAAAAUGAAACAAAUACAAAACGAGAUUAAUGAACUAAUCGAAGACGAAAGCAAUCUCGAUGCAAAUAUUAGAGCAUUAAAACAUAAUUAUGAUGAAUUACAAAAACAACUUGAAACAAUACAAGAACAACCCAAAACAACACAAGAACAACUCAAAAAUAUUUGCAAUGAUUAG